AUGUUAGUAGCUGCACUUGAGUUUAAAGAGGUCUUUCCUAGAUAUAAAGACACGGACCAAAGUUUUCAGUGGGUGCUGACAGUUGACGAUUGGGUUAAAGUGAAAAAUGUGUGUCAACUCCUAGCAAUCUUCAACAAUGUAAUGAAAAUUGGAUCAAGGAGCAACUAUCCAACUAUCAAUUUAUUCAUUUUUGAAGCGUGUAUGAUAAAAGAAAUCUUGGCUGAGAUGUGUUGGGAUCAGAAUGAGUGCAUCAAAUCUAUGGCACUUGAAAUGAAUGCUAGGUUUGAGAAAUAUUGGGGAGAAUGUAACUUGUUGAUGUCAAUUGCUGUUGUGUUGGACCCAAGUUAUAAGAUGAUGCUGAUAUGUUUUUGUUUCCCUUUGAUCUAUCAAGAGCUGGAAGCUACUACGAAUAUUGAAUAUGUCCUUACAGUUAUGCAUGAGUUAUAUAAUGAGUAUGUUAAGGAACAUAAUUCAAGUGUUAUGGAACAAAAUGUACAAGGCGAUGCUAGAGAAAGCUCUUCUAGUAGUUGUUCUAGUAAUGCAUUUAGGAGGAAUGUCCAGAGUGGUAAUGCAAUGUUUCAGUCAUUCCUCGAAAGUGUUGAUACAUCACAACCGGUUAAAUCAUAUUUGCAAAGAUAUUUGGAGGAGGGUGUAUAUAUAUGUGACAGGGGUUCAGAUGCGGAAUUUAAUGCCUUGGAUUGGUGGAAAGCAAAUGCCCACAAGUUUUGCAUCUUGUCUAAAUUGGCUCGAGAUAUAUUGUCAAUACCAAUUACCACUGUGAGUUCGGAGUACAUAUUUAGUGCUGGUGGAAGGGUUAUUGAUCCGUAUCGAGUUUCGUUGUCACUAGAAAUAGUGCAAAUGUUAGUAUGCGGGGCUGAUUGGGUCAAAGUACAAUAUGGCAGUGAGAACAAAUCUACUGUAACUGUUACUUUUGUCUAG